AUGCUAAGAUUUCCUUUCAACCGUAAUAAAUGGGAUCCUAAAGGGAAGCACUGUUAUGUGACUGGCGGAUCCCAGGGCCUAGGGCUUUCAGUCGCCCUUCUUCUUGUCAAGCUCGGUGCAGACGUGUCCAUCGUCGCCCGUAACGAAGAUAAACUACGUGCUGCACAUGCCGAGAUGGAGAAAGCACGGCAGCUUCCCAGUCAAAUUCUCAGAUGGUAUUCCUACGAUCUCAGCGAGUGUAAAUCGUCCGAGGCUGCAUUGGAAGCUGCAUCCGAAGGACACAAUGGUCGUUGCCCAGACGCUCUCCUCUUGUGCGCCGGGGCGGCAGUACCAGGAUUUUUUGUGGAAGAGGACGAAACGUCGAUGAGAAAGGGAAUGGAUAACGGGUACUGGGUGCAGGCAUGGUCAGCUCUGGUACGUGCCGGCGCAAAGCGCAUGGUGCGGGAGAACAAAGCUGGAAAGAUUGUGCUCGUCUCUUCUUUCCUCGGUUACAUGUCAAUUAUGGGCUAUUCCUCGUAUGCGCCUGCGAAACACGCGUUACGAGGCCUAGCGGAAACGCUUCGUUCGGAAAUGCUCCUGUACGGAAUUUCUGUCCACACAUUCUUCCCUGGGACGAUCUAUAGCCCAGGCUAUGAAGCGGAAAACAAAAGCAAGCCGAAGAUUACUCUCACAAUUGAAGAGACGGAUGGAGGUCAGACUCCCGACAAGGCUGCUGAGGGUCUAUUGAAAGGUGUUCAGCGCGGCGAUUUUCAUAUAUCAGCGGACUUGUUAGGGAACAUCUUCCGUUCUUCCACCAGAGGCGCGACACCUCGAAAUCAUGUGUUCCUAGAUGAGAUCUAUAGUUUCAUUGGCUGGGUGAUACUCCCUAUAUGGCGACGGUCCGUGGAUUCUACUAUCAAGGGACACCGACAAGAGCAUCGUUCCUAUCUGGCUGAGAAAGGUCUUCUUUCAUAA